GCUGUCUGACAGUCCAGUGGAAGCAACCGCGUCUGGGUGGACCUCGCGCAUAACGCUGCGAGUGAGUGCGGGAAAUUCAAAUUGUUCCUUUUUUAAAAUUCAAUAUUGUCAAUUUAUUGAUGAUUUCUUAAUUUUUUUUUCUUGCGUACAGAUAGACUGUGUAUGCCAUCUUGUGGUGUCAGUUUUGUGAGUUGCGGAUUUCUAGGUGAUAUUUCGGGCAUGCUGUAAGAUGGGGAUAUCGAGCUUAAGAUCGUUGCUUUUGGCAGCCAUCGUUUUAAGUAAUUGUAUCACGUGGACCGCCUCCAGACAUCACUACACGCACAAUGUAAAUGGACACCGCAGCAGACAUAGAAGGCAAGGAGCCGGUCUCUUUUUAUCAGCUUCAUACAUAAUACCUGGUGGAGAGGGGCGUGGGGCUUGGGGAGAGUGGAGUGAAGUAUCCCCAUGCUCUCGGACAUGCGGCGGAGGUGUUGCCAGCCAGAAAAGAAUAUGUCUCGAAAUAGCGUCAGAUGGUCGACCACAGUGCACGGGGGGCGACACGAAGUACUUUUCGUGUCAAACACAAGAUUGCCCAGAAGGCUCCAAAGAUUUCAGAGCUGAACAGUGCGCUGAAUAUGAUGACAAGAGCUUCAGGGACCAGAAAUAUCACUGGGUGCCGUACACGAAAGGACCAAACCCGUGCGAGCUUAACUGUAUGCCUCGCGGGGAACGUUUUUACUAUCGCCAAAAGACUAAAGUGAUCGACGGUACGCGAUGUAGCGACGAGUCCUUCGAUGUGUGUGUAGAUGGUGUUUGUCAGCCCGUCGGUUGUGAUAUGAUGUUAGGCUCAAACGCGCGCGAAGACAAAUGCCGGCAAUGUCGUGGAAAUGGCACUAACUGUCACACUACCAGCGGCAUACUGGACUCUCAAGACUUUAGGAAAGGUUAUAACGACAUACUCCUGAUACCCCAAGGAGCUACGAAUAUAUUUAUAGAGGAGAGGAAGGCAUCGAAUAAUUAUUUAGCGCUAAGAGCGAAAUACGACAACGUAUAUUAUCUGAACGGCGAAUACCACAUCGACUUUCCUCGAAGCUUAAUGAUCGCGGGUGCGCUGUGGCAUUACGAGCGCAGCCAGCAAGGUUUCGCCGCUCCGGACAAGUUGCGAUGUCUCGGACCCACCAACGAACCCCUUUAUCUUUCGCUCCUAUUGCAAGAUCAAAACGUGGGCAUUAGUUAUGAAUACAGCGUACCUUCUGCUCUAGCGCCACCUCCAAACCAGCAGUAUAAUUGGGUUCAUGAAGAGUUUUCUGCAUGCAGUGCAUCUUGUGGUGGAGGUUAUCAAACUCGCCAAGUCACAUGCCGAUCACGCGAAGAACUAGAAGUAGUUAAUGACACUCUUUGUGAUGAAGGCCUAAAACCCCCAACUAACCAGAGCUGUAAUACCGAAUCCUGCCCUGCACGAUGGGUGGAGGGUCCUUGGAGUCCAUGCUCUAAACCUUGCGGAGAUGGAGGCACUAGAUCGCGACAAGUUCACUGCGAGAAAAUCAUCACAAAUGGGUUCCCAUCGAUAGUAUCGGAUAAAGAGUGCUUUGACCUUCUAGGACCUAAACCAGAACUUUACCAGGAAUGUAAUAAAAACGCUACAUGCCCUACUUGGUUUACCGGACCCUGGAAACCUUGUAACAAACUUUGCGGAGAGGGCAAACAGACACGUCAAGUAGUUUGCCACCAAAAAAUGAACGGGCGAGUGGAAGUAUACGACGACAGUGUCUGUACGGAAGAAAAACCAAUCGUAGAACAGACAUGUAUAUUGCAUCCUUGCGACGGCGUUGAUUGGGUUCUCACUGAAUGGACUGGUUGUGAUACAUGUUUGUCAACGAUGCGCACUCGUUCUGCACACUGCGCUACCAAGGACCACAAGGUGGUAGACGCAAAGCUUUGUGCAUACCACACGCCGCCAACUCUCGAGGAGAGCUGUGACCGUACCGAAUUGCCAGCCUGUCAAACGUUGUGGUACGCAACGCAGUGGAGCGAGUGUUCAGCAAAAUGCGGAAAAGGGAACCAAACUCGUCGAGUUUUCUGUGGAUUAUUUGAUGGAGUCGCAGUGACAAAAGUGGACGACGACCGCUGUGAAUCAAGCUCAAAGUACAGAGAUACUAAAGAAUGCGAAGUGCCAAAGGAAAAAUGUCCUGCCAAAUGGUUUGCUGGACCCUGGUCUGAGUGUACCAAAAAAUGUGAUGGAGGGGAACAAUACCGUCGCGUAAUGUGCCUGAGUGGAGGACGCGAAGUUAUGGAGUGUAGCGAAGUCGAAGUGCUCGACUCCAGUCAAUCCUGUAACACAAAUCCUUGUGGCAUAGAUGAAAUGUUGCCACUUGAUUCAAAAUCAACUCCAAUAAUGGACGAUUAUGAAUAUGAAGAUUGCAUUGAGGAAGAGGAAGAAUAUCCCGAGGAAAACGCUGAAGCUAUCGAAACUAGCUCUGAAGAUAUUGGUAUAUCAUUGGUUCCUGACUUCGGACGAGAUAAAGUUACUGAAGGAUCCGGUUAUACGUCCCCCAGUGAAUAUGAUACAUACUAUGGAUCCGGCUCAGGAGAGACUGAGGAUGAUGAUAGUACUACAGAAUCAGAAACAGGAAGUACAGAUGUAACGGAAACAUUCACCGAAAGUACGAUUAUAUUAAGCACAAGUUCAUCUGAGUCUACUCCUGUAGAUGAAUCAACAAUAAAAGAUGAUACAUCAGAAAGUACCACAAGUACAGAAAAAAUUAUCGAAGAUGAAACAGAUACAAGUAUGACUGAAGAAGCAGUAAUAACAACAGACUCCGCAGAGUCGACCACGCUGAGCGAUUCGGACUUAACGACAGUCAGUUCAUAUUCAACAGAAUCUAGCGAUAUCACAAUAACAACUGAAGCAGGAUCUACUGAAGUUACAGGCACUGAAUCAAAAGAAGCUACUGAGAUUGAUUCAAUAGAAACUACAGUUUCUACAGAAACUACUGAUAUUAGUUCGGUUUCAACGGUUGAUAUUUCUACCACAACUAAAGAUAUUGAUUCAACUGAAACGACUGAAAAGGAUUCUACGGAAACUACAACUUUCGACUCGACAGUAACAUCUACUGAAGGUACUGAAACAUCUGACACUACAGAAAGUGAAUCGACAAUGUCUACCGAAUCUACAGUUACGGACUUGACAAAAGAAACGGAAUCUGAUUCUACAGAUAUUUCCGUUACCGAUACUACAAUAGAAAAGGAGACCGGGUCUACUGAAACAACAACUUCUGAUUUAACAGAUACAACAGAAGCUAGUUCUACGUCAGUUAUAGAUUUAACAAUAACGACAGACAGAGAGACCGAAACUUCGGAUACGGUAUCUACGGAUGUAACCGAAGAAGAAAUAAGCACAACAGACAGUAGUACUACUAUAAUCAGUGAGACCUCAAGUUCUGACAUAGAAAUUACUUCGACUGAAGGAACCACUAGUGAUACUGGCAUCAGUACAACCGAGGAAAAAUCAACAAUAACUACAGAAGCCGAAAGUAGUACUUCUUCGACCGAUAAAGAAUUAAGUGAAUCUACAACUAGCUUUGAUACUGUUUCAACAAUAAGUUCAACAUUGGAGACAACUGAAGUAAGCACUACAGAGGGUACUGAAUCAAGUACAGAGGGUACUGAAUCAGCUACAGAGGGUACUGAAUCAAGUACAGAGGGUACUGAAUCAAGUACAGAGGGUACUGAAUCAAGUACAGAGGGUACUGAUUCAAGUACAGAGGGUACUGAAUCAAAUACAGAGGGUACUGAAUCAAAUACAGAGGGUACUGAAUCAAGUACAGAAAAUGCGGCAACCACUGAAUCAUCCGUAACAGAGUUUACCGACGAAAGUACUACACAAGCACCUGAUUUAAGUACUACUGUGGAAUCGACAGGAACUACUGAAUCUGUUAGUAGUAGUGAGAGUUCCACCGUCGAAGAGAGCACGGGAAGUACUACAGUUGGUAGUUCAACGUCCCUGGAAGACAUGUCAACAACAGAACAAUCGACAUCAUGGACUUGGACGACCGUUGUUGUCAGCUCACCUAACAAAGAACGCUGCAAAGCCAAAAAGAAGAAAGCUAAGUGUAUUCGAAGCAAGUUUGGUUGCUGCCCUGACAAAAGAACGCCUGCUGCUGGGCCAUUCGAUGAAGGUUGUCCGAACCCGGAGACCUGCAAGGAUUCCAAAUUUGGUUGCUGUCCCGACGGAGUGUCGCCUGCAGCCGGUCUUCGCGCAGCCGGCUGUCCAGUCACUCCAUGUAAUGAAACUUUAUAUGGAUGUUGUAAAUCGGACAACAUUACAGCAGCCGAAGGUAACGAUCAACAAGGAUGUCCGGCACCACUGCCACCCUGUCAUCAUUCGAAAUAUGGUUGUUGCAAAGAUGAAAAAACAGAGCCAAAGGGUCCACACAAACAAGGCUGUCCAGAAACAGUUGCAGAGACUGAAAAACCAGAUACUACAGAAUCCGAAGGAGGAUGUGCUGGCUCGGAAUUCGGAUGUUGUUAUGACAACGAGACGGAUGCUUCGGGACCAAAUGGAGAAGGUUGUCCGUGCAGUAUUUCUGAAUUCGGUUGCUGUCCUGAUGGUGUUUCAACAGCUCGAGGCAUCAAUUUGGAAGGUUGCGUAAUGUCUUGCAAUACCUCAGCUUACGGCUGCUGCCCCGACGGGGAGACCCCGGCGCAUGGAUUAGAAUAUGAGGGUUGCUGCUUGCAGUACGCGUUCGGGUGUUGUCCUGAUAAUUACAAGCCGGCUGAGGGCCCACAUUUGGAAGGAUGUGGCUGCGAAUAUGCCCAUUAUGGAUGCUGCCCGGACAAUAUUACCGUCGCACGAGGACCGAAUGGUGAAGGCUGUGGUUGUCAGUACUCUCAAUAUAGAUGCUGUCCAGAUGGACACACAGAAGCCAAGGGUCCCGAAUUCGACGGGUGUGGCUGCCACACAUACCAAUUUGGUUGCUGUGAUGAUGGUGUCACGGUCGUCACCGGCCCGAACCAACAAGGUUGUUUAUGUCGUGAGUCCAAGUACGGAUGUUGCGGAGACGAGAUUACAGCCGCUAGAGGUCCCAAUAUGGAUGGUUGCGACUGUUCCAACAGCAAAUAUGGUUGUUGCCCUGAUGGAAUCACUGAGGCGAAGGGCAAGAACUUCUUAAACUGCACUGACGUUCCCCAUAACCGACAAGCCGCAUGUGCAUUUGCAAGCGACCGAGGUUCUUGCCGAAACUUCUCCGUGUAUUGGUACUACGAUAUGACAUACGGAGGCUGUUCUCGGUUUUGGUACGGCGGCUGUGAGGGCAAUGAAAACAGAUUCGUUAACAAUGAUGAGUGCGAAGACAUUUGUGUGCGACCAAAGCCAAAGGAAGCCUGCAAUCUACCGAAAGUGAAGGGGGCAUGCUCCGGUUACCACGUCCGCUGGUACUAUGACUCUGCUCGCGAACAAUGCUCUCAGUUUGUUUACGGUGGCUGUCUCGGAAAUGCCAACAAUUUCGACUCCCAGGAACUCUGUCAACAACGCUGCGAACCACAGAGGAGUAAAGACCAAUGCAAUCUUGAAAUCGAACGCGGCCCAUGUGCCGGCAACUUCCAACGCUGGGGCUUCAACAGCGAACGGCGACGAUGCGAGCAGUUUGUGUGGGGUGGUUGCGGCGGUAAUGACAACCGCUUCAGCUCCGAGGCCGCCUGCUUGUUACGCUGCGACCCGCCCGGCGCGCCACAGCAGGCAUGUUCGCUACCAAAAGAGGCAGGCAAUUGCACUGAGAAGCAUCCCGCCUGGUCAUUUAGUGCCACCGAAAACCGCUGCCUACCCUUCUAUUAUUCUGGCUGCGGUGGAAAUGAUAAUCGUUUCAACGACGAGCGGUCUUGUAUUGAUGCUUGUCCAAGUGCUUACGAAAAAGAAACAUGUACACUGCCGGCUUUGACCGGCGACUGUGCCGACUAUACACAGAGAUGGUUUUACGACACUAAAAACAGAAGAUGUCGUCAGUUCUACUACGGUGGAUGCGGAGGUAAUGAAAACAACUUCAAUUCAGAACGUGAGUGUGAGGACAAUUGCAUGGAACAAGUGGUCAUUACAACCCUUCGUCCACCAAGACCAACAACAUCACAACCUUCACCGUAUGAACACGAAAGACCAGACUUCUGUUACUUUGAAAUCGAUUCGGGGCCGUGCACGCAACCGCAGACGCGCUGGGCAUUCGACACGGCGACCGGCACGUGUAGGCAAUUCCAGUACGGUGGCUGCGAAGGCAAUCGCAACAACUUCCCCGACGAGAAUUACUGCAUCUCCUAUUGUGUGCCCGCACCCGCACCCGCCACCACCACAACACUUCAGCCCAUCCUCGACAACCGCUAUGGCCCCGAGAACAUACAGGAUGUCUGCCAGCAACCAAUGUUGGCGGGUCCGUGCGACCAGUCACUAAUGCAAUGGUUCUACGAUGCAGCAAGCGAUGCCUGUAGCCAGUUUACUUACGGCGGUUGUGAAGGCAAUGCUAAUCGAUUCAACACACAAGAGGAAUGCGAGCGGCGAUGCAGAUCAGGGCCACCUAAAUCUCAAGUUCUCCCGAAGACUACUUCUUCGACUACAACCAUAGCUCCGGAGUACAUUCCAACCGAAUGCCAAGUGUCCCCAACGCUUGAGGAGUGCAGAAGCGAGGGAUUGGUUUGGUUCCUGGACCUAGGAAAACGAGCCUGUGUGGCGCAUGACAACCAGGGCUCGGGUGCAAAAUGCAGACACACUGGGGUCUUCGGUUCAGAAGAGGCCUGCGAGCGAUCUUGUGGAGCUUUUAGAGAUCUCGAUGUAUGUCGGUACCAAGUGGACCCUGGACCAUGCCGCGCGGCCAUCGCCAAGGUGUACUACGACAACACGGCAGGACGCUGCGAGGAGUUCACGUACGGUGGCUGUCACGGUGGUCCGAAUCGCUUCUCCACCAUAGCAGAAUGUGAACAAGUUUGCAGACCUAACAUAGAUCCCUGUAGGCAGCAUCCAGAGCCUGGCAACUGUUUGGCGAAUCUAUACAUGUGGUACUACGAUUCAGCGCGCGAUGAGUGUGGACAGUUUAUUUAUGGCGGCUGCAAUGGAAACGACAAUAGGUUCGAAACUCGAGAAGAAUGCGAAGGCCGUUGCAAAACGAGUUCAACGACCACAGUCGCUUCUGUCCGUGCAACUACAACUCCGACGAUUUCCAACAUUGUACCUACCACACUGUCUGCGGACUUGGAAUGUGCAACUCCCCAUUCAUUGGAAGCUUGCGGCGAAAACAUUACAAUUUAUUACUACGACACGAAGACUCAAGCAUGUUUAGCAGGGGACUUCGGUGCUUGUCGGUACCCGAACAGUUAUCGUACGGAGGAGGAAUGUGAAAGGAGGUGCGGUGCAUUCAGAGGCCUCGACGUAUGUGGUUCACCUCUCGAUCCUGGACCAUGUAUAUCCGCAAUCACCAAAGUCUACUGGAACUCCGUAUCGGGCCGGUGCCUGAACUAUGCAUACGGUGGCUGCCUCGGCGGACCCAAUCGCUUCUCCACCGUAGAUGAGUGUGAAGAAGUCUGCGGAGGCACGGGACCAGAGCCGGCGUGUCUGCGGGCGGUAUCGUCGGGCGAGGCGGGCUGCGGCCUGUCCUCGCGCCGCUGGUACUACAGCGCCGCCAGCGGGGACUGCCUGGCCUUCGUGUACGCGGGCUGCGGCGGCAACGACAACAACUUCCUCUCGUACGAAGAGUGUGCGCUCCUCUGCAAGAGGACGCCCGCCGUGGUCGAGCCCAACGAGUCUGUCGACAGUCAUGAGACCGAUGUGGGCGGCAAUGAGGUUCUGCCAGAUUGUGACCGCUACAACGAAGAAUGCUCGACACUGCGCUGCGAAUACGGCGUACAGCGCACGCGCACGUCUGGAGGUUGCGAGCGCUGCUCGUGCGUGCCCGUCGAUGUUAACUGCGAGCUAUUACGCCACGAAUGCGAGAGCCUACGUUGCACCUACGGUAUACACCGAUCUACCGGUCCCGACGGUUGCGAGAGAUGUAUAUGCAUCGACCACCCAUGCGCAAACAAGAACUGUCCUGCGGGUGAGCGCUGCGUAGCGACAGCUUACAGAGAUCCAAUCACACAGGACGCUCGUUAUGCGGCCGAAUGCAGGAUCGCGAAUAAAACUGGUUCCUGUCCACCGGAAAGUGUCAUACCUGCGGUGGCAGAUGGACAGUGCAGACGAGAAUGUAACGACGAUGCGGACUGCCUAGGCAUUGGCAAGUGCUGCUCGAGUGGCUGCAGCCAACUCUGCCUCGAGCCACUCUCUGCCACCAGCCCCGCGCCUCGCCAUACCACACGUGCCCCCGAAUUACCGCAAGCACCGAGUGCCAACGUUGAAGAAACGCAACCUGAGCUGGUGGCAAGCGAGGGCGACAAGGCAACGCUUCGCUGCUUGUUCCACGGCAACCCUCCACCCAAGAUCACCUGGCGUAGAGGAGCUGUCACGAUCGAGAGUGACAUGGGUCGGUACAGGCUGCUGUCCGACGGAGCGUUGGAGAUAGUGUCGUUGUAUCGCAACGACUCGGGCGUGUACAUUUGCGUGGCGGACAACGGAAUCGGAAGCGCCACGCAAGAAAUACGCCUCGAGGUUGCCGAUCCGGUGGAAAGGCCAGCGGCAAUAGCGGGUACACCCGACGCCACGGUCGCCGGAGAGCUCGGCCGACCGCUGAGCGUGCGCUGUCUCGCCUACGGACAUCCUGCACCUGCUAUCUACUGGUACCGAGGUCGAAACGGUCCCAUGGUGCCCUAUAGUAGUCCGCUCUACGAGGCCCGAGGCUAUGUGCUCCUGAUCCGAAAGCUAACUGUCGAGACUCUCGGCGAGUACGUCUGCCAGGCAUACAAUGGAAUUGGCAAACCAGCGGACUGGGCUUUUGUGGUUCAUGCGUACCAACCCGAAGGUUCCGGAGAUCAUCCGUACUUGAUACCGCGGGAAGAUGACGUGGUGGUAGUGACGCCUCGUGAGCCGCAACUUGCAACGACUACACCGACAGUGCCUGAUAUAGAAAUACCUGUGUUUACCGUGCCCGUGAACACUCGACUGACUGCGGAGCGCUCACGUGUGCCUGUGGGUGCGGAGAUCAACCUACCGUGUGACGUAGAUGGCUACCCCUUACCAACCGUUCGCUGGACCAAGGACGGCAUGACGAUCGUCUCUAGCGAUCGCGUCAUUCUAACUGAUGCGCGACUGACAGUGCUUCACGCGAAUACGAACGAUAGCGGCGUAUACGGAUGUCAUGCUUCUAACGAUUACAGCUCGCACUAUUCUACAGUCUCCAUUACCGUUGAAGGAUUGUACAUCCCGCCGAACUGCAAGGAUAACCCAUACUUCGCCACGUGUCAUCUUAUUGUCCGGAGCAAAUUCUGCCACCACAAAUAUUAUUCUGGUUUUUGCUGCAAGUCGUGUGUGGAGGCAGGUCAACUUGACCCGAGCGAGCUCAGCAUGCAGGCGGACUCCUGGACUUGGAAGAAGUAGUUACCUACACGCCUCGUUAGAACUAUUAAUUUAGCAUUAAAAAUAGAUAGUCGAAAUAAUCAUUCUACUACAUAAAACUACUUGUAAAAUUAUUUAGCUGAGAAAAAUUAAGCUGAAUUAAAAAGAAAAAUGAUAGAUAUUUUUUUCUCAAAUUAUUUUUAUAUGAAUUGUUUCAGUUUAAAAUGUCUUUAUAAUUUUAGAUAAACAAUACUUUUUCGUUGGGAUAAGAAAAAUAUUCGGUGGUGCCAUAUUAAAAAAAUCUAAAUUUCAAACAUAGAGUUUUAAAUAAAACUUUAUAAAAAAUACCAAUAGAUUAAAUAGGUACUAUAGUUUGUAGAUAGAAUGAUAUCUGUGUAAAUAAAUAUUGUAAUGUCACAAUUAGUUAAUUCCAUCUGUGAUGGAAAUACAAAUAUUUUAAGAUUAACGAUUACCAUUAUCGUUAAGAGGCUUAACAUCGCAAUUACUUAGUUUUCUCAUAGAUUAUACUAAAUUGAUAUAAAAAAAUGUUUUUUUUUUUCUUACACCGGUAACUAUUUCCUUCGAUAUAAGUAAAAUAAACUAAUAAUUUUGCUGAGAAAUGUAAUAACUUACGUUACCAAUGUCUCUUUAUUGUUUUUGUAUAAUUUAUGACAAAUAAUAAAACGAAUCAGAUACAUCAAGUCUGGAAAAUAAAUAAUUAUUUAUUUCAGAAUAUAAUAAUAAAUAUAAUAUAAAAUAGUAACGUAAUUUUUACGAAUACUUUUGAGUCAUAAUAAUUUGUGUACGUGAAUUUUUAUAUCAACAAAUGUAAAUAUAUUUACAAUAAAAGUAUACAAGU